CACUGUGUUUUGUCAAGCAGUUACAAAGCUUCCUUUGGUGAUGAUUCUUCAAGGAAGCUCCAAGCUACUGUCAACCGCCUUCAUCCUUCAACUCAGGGCUUGAAGGAAUUCAUUAAUGAAGUUAAUACUCUUGCAUCUUUGCAACAUCCAAACAUUUGUAGGUUGCUUGGAUUUCAUGCACGUGACAGCUCAGAACCGAGGAUGUUGGUGUAUGAAAGGCUACACCUUGGAAGCUUGGAUCGCUUGCUAUUUUACGGUACAUCUGAUUACCCAACUCUCGAUUGGAAUUCAAGAUUGAAAAUUGCCAUUUGUGCUGCACAAGGUCUUACUUUCUUGCAUGAUGAAGGGCCCUUCCAGGCAAUGUACAACGAAUUUUCAACAGCCAACAUACAGGUUGAAAAGGAUUUCAGUGCAAAGCUUUCAGGGUAUGGUUGCGUAGUCGGGCGAGUUUCGGAGGAAGCUAUUAGAAACAUGUCAAUGGAAACAUUCGAAAGAGGAAUACUUACCCCGAAGAGCAAUGUAUGGAGUUUUGGAAUCAUUCUUCUGGAGCUGCUUACCGGUAUAAGGAAUGUGGAUAGCCGCCAUCCAAAUGUAGACAAGAACAUAGUCAAGUGGAGCUGGCCAUUCCUAAACGAUGAAUUCCGACUGUCCAUGAUCAUGGAUCCUAAGCUCAAAGGCCACUAUCCUCUAAAAGCAGCGAGGAUGUUGGCUGACAUUGCGCAUCGAUGUCUCCAGAAGGAGCCAUCGAUACGGCCGACCAUGCGAACUGUUGUUAAGCAUCUUAAGAUGAUACAAGAGAUGAAGUUCUCACCCCAAGAGCUAGUGACAAUCCCUCUUGGGAAAAGCGUCCCUCUACCGCCACCACCGGAAGCUAGGACUAGAUUGAGUGCCUUUCCGCUAUCACAGCCGACAAGCAAGCCUAUACCGAGUUUCAAUUUGUCAUCUCCAUCCGAUGCCCCCAAGCAACAUGUUUCGCCUCCUAAAUGGUCUGACGCACCCGCCACGCUUUCCCCACACCCUUGGCCUUCCAUACAAUUUAUGGAGAAGGUUGUUAGGCAAGAAAGCAGGCAUGGCCAAUCAUCAUCCUAAGUUUAUAUAGGAGUGCUAGUGAUUCGAGAAAAUAAAUCUUCUCAAUUUUUUCUCUCAAUUAAUACAGUAAAAUGGAAAUUAAGAGAAACAUGUGAAGGUGAAGAUGAUGUUGAAGAAUAAAAGAUUACAUUUGACAAUAUCAAUUGAAAG